GGUGGUGGAGACGAGGGAGGGUAGACAGUACCAAGGAGGAGGAGGAUUCCUCGGUGCGUGAUCUCGGACGAAGGGGGCGAGAAACGUGCGUUUGUAAUUCGGCGUGGCUGCCUUCGAGGAUGAGCGACGGCGGUCAUGCCGUGUAAUUCGAAGGUGUACCACACCACCGUCGCAUCGUGCACGAUCGUCGUCGUCGUCGCCGCCGUCGCCGUGGUGAUCGUUCACACCGUCGUGGUCAAACUGUUGAGAUACGGCAGAGUCGCGGUAUCGCCGGAAAGAUGAGCUCGAUCGACUUUGAUGAGGUGCUGCUACACGUGGGAGAGAAGGGCCGAUACCAGAACAUCAUGUAUUAUUUGCUAUGCAUACCCGCCACCCUGCCAGCCGCCUUCUUGGCGUUCUCACAAGUGUUCGUGAGCGCCUCGCCAGAGCACUGGUGCAGGAUACCGGAACUGGAGAACAUGACGGAUCUGAUGUCGUUGGAGGAGAGGAAGGCGCUCUCAUUACCCUACAUGGUCAAGUCCGAUGGCAGGAGGGUUUAUUCCAAGUGUCACAUGUAUGACGUGAACUACACGGAGAUAAUAGAUUUGUGGCUCGAAGGCGCCAAUCUGUCCAACACCACCGAUAGCCCGUCACUGACCACAUCUCCGUCGUUUGACUUACCGUCAACCCGAUUGCCAUCGCCACCGGUCAGUAGCCCCGACUGGCCGGUCGUCAAAUGCCAAUAUGGAUGGAACUACGACACCAGGGACUACGACAGCACCCUCGUGACAGAGCUAGACCUGGUAUGUGACAACAGCUGGUGGCCUUCCACGUCGACGACGUUCUUCUACGUGGGUAGUCUCUUCGGCAACGUCGUGUUCGGUUGGAUCGCUGACAAAUGGGGCAGAAGAACGGCCUUUUUCGCCAUUCUGUUUCUCGAAGUGAUAUUCUCUAUCGCCACGAGCUUCAGUCCAAACUACGUGAUCUACACGGCGCUGAGGACCGUGAAUGGUCUCUUUUUUCCUGCCAUUUAUCAGAUACCUUUCAUACUUGCUCUUGAGCUAAUGGGGCCAAGAUACCGAACAUUCGCCGGGAUGGUGAUCUGCAUGUUCUUCGCCACGGCGAUGUCUCUCUUGGCGUUGCUGGGUUACUUGUUAAGACACUGGUAUACCCUGUCGUUAGCCACAUCGGUGCCUUUCAUUCUUCUCUUCAGUUACUACUGGAUCAUCCCCGAGUCGCCGCGGUGGCUUCUCAGUAAGAAUAGAAUAGACGAGGCGGAAGCGAUCGUCCAACAAAUGGCAAAAGUCAACGGCAAAACAGUGCCUACGAAUUUUCUUAGAAAGAUGGAGGUAGAAAUAUUAAAGAGGAAAGGGAUAUCAUGUAACGGCAGAAAUUCCAACGACAUCGACUUGGAAGGUGAAAACAGGGCGACGCCAACAUCUGCGACACCCAUGGACCUGAUCACAAAUCCAAACAUCAGGAAAAAGUUCUUUAUUCUCGCUUUCGAUUGGGUGGCGAACGCGGUAGUAUACAACGGGCUAUCUUACAACACGACCAAUCUGGGUGUCUCUGAUUAUCUGGCCUUUUUCAUUGGAGGAAUCGUUGAGAUUCCAUCGUACUUCAUUACGUGGUACGCAAUGGACAGAUUAGGCAGGCGAUGGGUAUUGUGCGUGACCAUGAUGCUGGGUGGGCUCGCUUGCGUGUCCUGUAUGUUCGUGCCCGAAGCAGAUGCGGUCUGGGUGACAGUGAGUCUGGCGAUGAUCGGCAAAUUCGGCAUCGCUGCGUCCUUCGCUGUCUUCUACGUCUUCGUCGGCGAACUGCUGCCAACCGUACUAAGGUCUCAGGCGAUGGGCAUAGCUUCUUUCAUCGCCGGCAUCGGCCUUCUCACCUUCCCCUAUAUCGUUCAUUUAGCAGUCUACUCUAGAGUCUUACCCCUAAUCGUAAUGGGAUCAUUGAGCGUCGCCGGCGCUAUCACUUCCAUAUUCUUGCCGGAGACGCUCAAUAUCCAUCUGCCGCAGACGGUCGAGGAGGGUGAGCUCUUCGGAGCUGAUUUCAAACUGUGGUCCUGUCCGACGAUACCAAAGAAAGGUUCAAGCAAAUCCGAGUCCCUGCCGUUGGGGUACUUAGUGAACGGCGGACCGGGUAGUCGCUCGUCUACCUCGAAAGUCGCGUCGCAGGAAGGCGCGACUACGUCGCAGGGCGAGAAGCCAGCUGCCUCGCUGCCCUCAAAAGAAGAAGAGGCGAAGAACUUAAGCGCACCAAAAGCGGAGGAAUUGCCGAAUGUCGAGGUCGUCGAGCCGAAGAACUUAAGCGCACCAAAAGCGGAGGAAUUGCCGAAUGUCGAGGUCGUCGAGCCGAAAACGACCACCGUAUUAGCGGAUGUGUCCGCGUGCCGGAAGUCGCAAUGAGACAGGACGAAAUAACAGACAGUCUUAUAAUUAGCUCUUUGCAACGUUGUAUCAUAAUUACCAGUAUAGACACGCAUUGUAUUUAUUUUUCCAUUUAUUAUAAUGUACUUCCUUUGUAAAACCUGCCUGAGUUUAUCGACUAGCACGAUUCGAUCCCCGUCUUUUUUUCUGUGCUGCUGAAGAGUACUUCCAACUUGUCGCGGUGUGUGCGUGUACAUUGCGUGUGAUUGAUACGCGUGUGAAUCGAGGAUUAAUGUCCGGGAUCUACGAGGACUCUAGAAUGUAAUGCUAUACUUUUUUAUUGUUCAGUUAGACGUCGAUUUUACAUUUUGCCCUUGCGUUAUAAAAAAAAAUCUUGUUGUGAUUUCAGUUAGCUUAAAUAAAAUAUCUAUUGAGACGAGAGAAUUGUGAUGAUCGUCUGAGAAACCUUGCAUGUCAAUAUUUCAUGCUUGAUUAUUAAAAGCGAGAGCAAGGAUAUUGACUUUACCAAUUGUCAAAAAAUCAAUACUAUGACGAAAUAACAAGUAGAAAAUA